AUUCGAACGAAAUUUUUAGUCUUCAAACGCGUCUAGCCGCCUUUUGACUUCCCCAAGACUCGCUGCUCAACUCAAAGCCUCAAACAAACCCUGUGUCUAUGCAACUACGUGAUUCGGGAACCCGAAAACUCCAAAGCAUUAGAGCGUAAAUAGAUACAUAGCUAUAAUUCACAGACCGAAAAUUAAUAUUUAUAUUUAUAGAUGCACUUCGAGUUAUAACACGAUUUGCUGUCAUAAAUGCUCACGCAAUAUGGUACACUGACAUCUGUCAUCAGACGCUAUCUGAAAACAAGGUGGCGACUUUCUGUGCGGAGUGGGCGGAUAUAAACAUUCCAGUUGUCUGAGGCCUAGGGUCGACAAUAUAUCCCAAUAAUAGAUGUAAAUAAGAUUGAUUGACUGUUAGAUUAAAUUAUCCCAGGAAAAAAUGUCCAAAUUUGUGUACUGAUUGAAUAAACCUGUCGUGCGGUUAAUGUGUUAACAGCUCCGUAACUUGCUUCCCGUGAGUGUGUGAGUCAUUGUAUGCGCGCAAGUUUAAUAAAUUUAAUAGAGUAAAAUGGCUUGGCGUUUUAAGGCUUCCAAAUAUAAAAAUGCGGCGCCCAUAGUACCGAAACCGGAGGCAUGCAUACGUGACAUAUUUGUGGGUUCAUAUCAAACGUAUGGGAAUAAUAUUAGUGCUUCCGCCACUUUUAUGGCAUUUAACGUCGAUCACAAUGGUUCAAGCCUUGCUGUUCUUCCUAUUGAUGAUUGUGGACGUAAGAGCAAGACCAUGCCCUUGCUCCAUGCACAUAGUGACACUGUUACAGACAUGGACUUUUCACCAUUCCAUGACAAUAUUUUAGCAACAGGAUCGCAAGACUGCCUUGUGAAAAUAUGGCAGAUUCCAGAAAAUGGGCUGGAAGAGAAUCUCACAAACUCGGAGUGCACUUUUUCACACAAACAGCGCCGUGUGGAAACAGUCUGUUUUCAUCCAGUAGCAGAUUGUCUCUUGACAAGCACAUCAUUCACCACUCUUACCUUAUGGGAUAUCCUUGCAGAGAGAGAACUGUUCUCAAAUGCAGACCAUUGUGAUGUAAUCCAGUCUGUAAGUUGGAAAAAAGAUGGAAUACUCUUAGCUACAUCCUGCAAGGACAAACAGGUGCGGGUUGUCGACCCACGGGCUUCUGUACCCAUCAGUCAGUCAGCCAACAGCCAUCAGAGCAUCAAAGACUCUAGAAUUGUUUGGUUAGGGGAUUCUAAUAGAAUACUUACCACUGGCUUUGAUUCGGGCCGACAAAGAGAAGUUUACAUAAGAGACUUAAGAAAUUUUGAAGAAAUUGAAAAAAGUUUGGUUCUGGACAGUUCAACAGGGGUCCUGAUACCUCUGUACGAUCCUGAUACUGGGAUGUUAUUCUUAGCUGGGAAAGGAGACACAACAAUUGCUUAUAUGGAGGUGACAGACAAGGAGCCAUAUCUGGUUGAAGGUAUUAGGCACAAUGGUGAUCAGACAAAGGGAGCGUGCCUUGUUCCGAAGCGAGCCCUUGCUGUCAUGCAGGCUGAAGUGAACCGUGUACUUCAGCUGACGUCAUCAUCUGUCAUACCAAUUAUGUACCAGGUGCCUCGCAAGUCAUAUAGAGAUUUUCAUGGAGACCUCUUCCCAGAGACUGCAGGAAAUGUUGCACCAAUUUCUGCGAGUCAGUGGAGUAGCGGGAUCAAUGCUGAAGUGGCACGUGUUAGCCUUGAUCCAGCAAAGAGGCACCUAGGAGAAACUGGUUCGCAGGUGAACAGCAGUACCCUUUCUGAAAUGCGAAAACACCUUCAUCUAAAGCAGUAUGUGACAAGCUCACCACAGCUACAGCAGCAGAACAAGAAACAACUGAGUUAUAGAUCAAAUGCAACAAAGGAAGAAGAGACAAAGAGCACACAGCAGAAUGGAGAGACGACUCAUGACCAUCAGAAUGGAACAGUGACAGUUGUCCGCAGCACGGCUGCAAUUCCUGGACCUGUCCCACCAAAGCCACUGCCAAGAUCAUCACGUCAGAGCUCAUUGACAGAAACUGAUGAACCAAUAGUUGCAGCAGUACCUGCCCCGAGACCAGUUGCAAGGCCUCGAAUGGGUACCACUUGCCCCUCCAGUGUAUCAAGUCAGGUUGCUGUGCCAUCCCAGCAGCCUCAAGCAUCUCAAGAAUCUGUACAGCCACAGAUUUCUCCAGUUGGCACUGUUCCUCCUCCAGCUAGUGUCGUCACUCCGGUGAACCCCCUGAUGCUCAGCUCAGGGGGCUACAAGCCUCGGCUUGGACCUAAACCAUUUACACCACCUAAAUUAAACUUUGGUGUGGGAAGUGGAGAUGCAGAACUAAAAAUAACAACAGAUUUCUCAUUUGAUAAAGUAUUUUCUGUCCCAUCUGUCCCCGCUGCGGAGGUCAAUGGAGCUGUGGCAACAAGGGAAGAAAACAGCAAUGAUGUGCACACAGACGACAGUGCGCCAGAAACAUAUACAGAAACGUUCCCUGUAGAUUGCCAAGAAAGUGAUAAAAAUGAAGUAUGUGCUGUGGUUGGAGAUCAAGACAUAAGUCCCACCACAGAAGAUGAACUUCCAUCUUCACCAAACAGUAAAGCAAAAACACCAAGCACAGCAGAGAGAAGAAAGGUUUUCGAGAAAAGGAUAAGUUCAAUGACUAUUGAACAAGAUUCUGGAUCUGGGACUGUAGAAACUCUGCAAUCGCCAAAGGGCGAUGAGUGCAUUGAAGAUAAACUUGAAGAUUUUGAGAGGGCUUCAUUGCAACGAACAAGUAUUGCAGAACGUCGGCGACUGUAUGAAAACCGUUCUGUUUCUGUUCAAGAGACAAGUAUUGCAGAUAAGCGCAGUCCCACAACUCUUAGUCCUACACCUCUGAGGCGUCGUGAUUCACUUAAAUCACAAAAACCUAUCUUAGAAGAGGAUAAACCUCAAAGAAAAUUGACAGAGCAGCCCACAAGUAAAACACCCCCAAUGGAAAGGAAACAGGAGCCUGUAACAACACCAACACCGAAGAGAACAUCGACUGUUUUUGGCCGUGUAUCAAAGUUCCGGCAUUUGAAAGGCACCCCUUUGCACAAGUCAACACAUAUUGAGAACAUACGCAAUGUCAGCAGACAGAUUUCUGGUGAAUGUGAUGGAUUCCAUGCAAACUCUGAACGUGUUGCUGUACCACUCAGUGGACCUGGUGGCAAGAUUGCGGUGUUCGAAAUAAGCAGAACCGGCAAGCUGCCAGAUGGUGUAAUACCUACACUUGUGCAGGGAACAAAUGUAAUGGACUUUGCUUGGGAUCCAUUUGAUUCCAGCAGAUUGGCAGUUGCUUGUGAUGAUGGAACCAUAAGAUUGUGGUUGGUACCUGAAGGAGGCCUCCCAGAGCCAACGAAUACUCCUGAUCAGAUAUUAGCUGGUCAUUCAGAGAAGAUAUACUUCAUUAAGUUCCAUCCUUUGGCAAAAGAUAUUCUGGCUUCUGGCUCUUAUGACAUGACAAUUCGGAUCUGGGAUCUAGCAACACAGUGUGAAAAGAUUGUACUCCUUGGACACACGGACCAGAUGUUCUGCUUUGCGUGGAGUCCUUGUGGAGCAUACUGUGCAACAGCUUGCAAGGAUGGCAAGCUAAGAGUGUAUGAACCCAGAGUGGAUGUCCAACCCAUCCGAGAAGGAAAGGGUCCAGUAGGUUCCAGAGGAGCGAGAAUUGUUUGGGCCCUGGAUGGACAGUUCCUUGUUGUUACAGGAUUUGACAAGGUUUCUGAAAGACAGAUACAGAUUUUUAAGGCAGACAGUCUGAAUUCACCUCUGAAUACAGUUGGUUUGGAUGUUUCUCCAGCUAUACUCAUUCCAUUUUAUGAUGAAGAUAGUUCUACUCUUUUUGUUACUGGGAAGGGUGAUUCUACAAUAUAUGCAUUUGAGGUAACAGAAGAGGCACCAUACUUGUGUCCUCUUAGUCACCAUCGCUGUAACUCGUUGCAUCAGGGCCUCUCAUUCCUACCUAAGAAUGUAUGUGAUGUGAGCAGUGUUGAGUUUGCUCGAGCUAUGAGGCUCACAAAUAACACCAUAGAGCCUCUGUCUUUCACUGUUCCAAGGCUGAAGAGUGAAUUAUUUCAAGAUGACCUGUUUCCUCCAACAAAAGUAACAUGGAAACCAACCAUGACCAGCACUGAAUGGUUGGGAGGAUUCAACAAAACUCCAUCUCGGUUAAGUCUCAAGCCACAAGGCAUGGAAAGCUUGUCAGAAACACAAGGUUGUCAAGACAAACAAAAUACUUCAUCUCAAGGAAAGACAAUAUCUAGUCUUGUCCAGCAGCCAUUCAACAGGUUGGCAUGGAAUGCUGAGAUGUCGGAUGCUACCAAAGAAACACAAGAGCAGAUACAACGAGCUGUGAGCAGCCGCAUGGAGGUUAACUUGAAGCUGGAACAAGAUGACAUGGAAGGCGUGGAUGACCGUGAAUGGGAGGACUGAAAUUACAGCACUGAAUCAUCAAGACUACACAAUCUACAUAGGGACCACACCAAUUUUUAUGGAUCUUUUUAAUUCCACUGCUGCAGCAUUGGAAGAACCAGAGUCAUUUUAAAACUGAAAGCACACAAUUCUCACUUUCAGUGAAUUCACUGCCACAGUAUGAAAAGUCUCUUAUAACAACUAAUUUCCAGCACUUCUGUGAGAUUUGUCUCUGCUUACUGAAUUAAUAUAUGGGUCAAGUUCUGCUCUGUCACCAGUUAAUGCUUUUUGAAUUUUCAGAUUGACAUUCUUAUACACUCCAGGCUCUUAAAAUGUCUAUGACAGCCCACUUGCAAAGUGUAAUAAAAGAAACAAAAAAUGUAAAAUGCUUGUAAACAUUGUUAAUAAUGACUGAGGAUAUUGAGGGCUGUCAAACUGUCCUUCAGAUUAAAACAUAGUGUUGAUCUUUUUGCUGGGCCACUUUUAUUUGUUAACUCGGCAGCGUGGCCCGUCUUAAUUGACAAUUAGCCCAAGUAUAAUGUUAGAUACAUUUUAACUGAACUGCCUGUUUUAUAUAUAUAUAUUUAAAAUAUUUAUGAUAUGUGUAUUUAUAGUGAACAGUACUAAGAAUAUGAACUAUUCUUAAUAUACAGUAUCCAAGAUUGCUUUCUGUUCUGGAUUAGAACAAAUUCACUCAGUGUCUUUUUUUUUGUCCAUAUUUAAAAGGCACUGUUGUGUCUUCAUGUAUUUUGUUUAAAAUGAUCUGGUUGUCAUAUUUUAUGUAGUAAGUUUACAAAUGCAGGGUAAGAUAAGUUCAAACCUCUUUCAGCAGUAUACAACUGUGUUAAAAACCAUAUUAUUUUAAAGCGCUCUCUCUCUCUCUCUCUCUCUCUCUCUCUCUCUCUCUCUCUCUCUCUCUCUCUCUCUCUCUCUCACACACACACACACACACACACACACACACACACACACACUGACCCCCCUUUCCCCUCCCCCUCUGUGUGUGUGUGUGUGUGUGUGUGUGUGUGUGUGUGUGUGUGUGUGUGUGUGUGUGUGUUACUACCUUUAUAGAGGCCUCCAUCUCUUGAGCUUCACUGAACAUUUAUUUUCCUUUGUACUGUUGCCAACUUGUAGGAUACACAAAUCAGUAUGGAUGACUAGAUACUAAGCUAAGCUAUAGUAGAAUUCUCAUCUUUUUGCUUAUAACCUUGUUGGAAAUUCUUGACCAAAAGUAAUUAGGUUCAAAUGGUUCAAGAAACUUCACUUUACACUGCAUAUGGUAAAAGCUACUACUUUCAGUGAAUAUAUAGCAAGAAGAGUGGCAUGCUACCAGUGAAACUGUAAAUGCCAAUAUAAAAAGUAUAAUUACAGGAGAUAAAAUUAUCAUACUAAGAUGAAUUUCUUAGCAUAAUGCUAAAGUAGACAGACAUGACCUAGUGGCCACCUAGCCUUGAGCUUCUGGAGUUCAUAACAAGCAGCUAAGAACAGAAAGUGAUAAAUGUUUUGAAACUUGUCAGGAAGAGACAGAAGGAUAGGAAAUAGCUACAGGGAUACUUGAAUGAUUCUCAGGCAUAAUAUCAGAUGAUAUGAUCCAUGACAUUCUGCCUGUGAACCAUUCGAGGUGGUGGAAUAGUUAAAGCAUUCUGAUUAUAAGUACAUGUUAUCUGAAUGUAUAGGAAUGAACUGAGAGGGCCAGCAAGGACAAAAAUAGGGAUUUUUUGUGUGUGGGUGGGGGAAUGGAUUGCAGGAACAUGAAUGAGGAAAUCUUGUAGAAAAACUUGAGAGGAAAUGGUAAAGAGCUUCCGAAGUUAAUAUUCAAGAACUUAGUGAUAUGAGGAAGAGAGAGAGAGAAAUAGAUCAUCUGUCUCUUGCUCAUUCUGUUGAGUGAUGGAGCCUUCUAUCUUACACAGCUGUAUUGAAGCAUCAAAAAUUUGAAAUCUCUUCUGUACAUCCUAUGACCUAUAUUCUGUUCUGAUCCAUAUUCAGAGUUUGGAUUUUGACAUACACUUCUGAGUCUCUCACUUUACCCAUUAGUCCACCUACAGAUAACCUGUACAUUUAUUUUAUUUUUCAAUCUUCAGUAAUGAGAAAGAACUUCUUUCUUCCAAAAUCCCAAAGCCGUAUCAGAUUUUUCAUGCAUUUUUAAUUACUGUAAUAAAUUUGAGGCAAUGGCAAUAUGAAAAUUUUUGCUGUUUCCGAUUAUGUAAACAACGAUACAAAAUAAAAAUACUUCAGAUUUUGUUCAUAUCAUUAAAAAGGAAAUCAGUGCUCACAAACUCCAGGGACCCAUUGAUGAAUUGUAAAUAUUUUCAAAGAAAACCUCAUCUUUUAUGAUUCAACAAUCAAAUUAAGAAACCCUCUGUACUGAAAGGUAACAAAUGCAGCUUCUGGCAGUCGCAUAAUGGCCAUUAGACUACAGACUUGAUUAAUGACAAGGCAAUAGAAAUUCAUAUUAUGGAUUUUCAUAUUAACUAGGAUCUGAUAGUUUUAAAAUUAUAUUUUGAGGAGUAAGGCGAGAGAGAACAUGUCACUUAAGUGGAGAAUGAUUGAGAGGGGGGGGGAGGCAGAGGGGGGGGGGAUGAAAUUCAGUGAGGAUUCAAUUCCAGAAUCAAUAUUAUAUUGACAAAAAUGAGCUAAUAAAAGAUUAAGAGAUACAUAGAAAAUUAGAAGCUAAAAUAAAACGUGGCUAGAAAGUGUAUGCAUCAGUAUUAUGACUUGUCUCCUGAACAUAUAGCUUCUGACUGACAAUUUUCUUCUAUUAUUGUUUUAACCACCUUCCUGCAUGUUUCACAAGCACAUUUUGUUCUGGUACUCAAUGUUGGAAUUUAAGGGUGUAUGCUUAAAGAUUCAUCUUCAACUCUUUUUAACUUCUUACUGUUAUUUUGGUAAAUGAUAUUUACUUAGGAACUUCUUUAUAAUGACAUUCAUGAAACAUGCAUGCACUAAAAUUGGUUGAUUUCACAAAUACUAUCACUAGCAGCUCUGCAUAGCAACCGGUCUUGUGUCAACCACUGCUAAUGAUGAUACUUGGAUGCAGUAUGGAGCAGUUAUUGUCUGUUUCCCAGAUGUUGGUGCUGCUACUUCUCACUCAAGUAGCUACUUCAGUUGGCAUACUGAGGCUGAAUUCAACCCAUUCCAGUGCUCUCAAUAAGAGAAAAUCCAUGUCAUUACCAGGAAUUGAACCCGUGUCCCCGGCAUGACAGUUAAACACUUAUCACUUAGUGUCUGAGGCAGACAAAAACGCUUAUAUAUAUUUAUGAGUACAUAAAAUUAAUGAAACUUAAAUUAAUGAAAUGUAAACAUUUAACAGGAAAUGCUGUUGUUAUAUUCACAUUUUCAUUGCAUGCACUAGUCAACUUAUUUUCAUUUCAUUUUUUUUUUUCCCCAAUAUCUCUCUCUCUCUCUCUCUCUCUCUCUCUCUCUCUCUCUCUCUCUCUCUCUCUCUCUGUGUGUGUGUGUGUGUGUGUGUGUGUGUGUGUGUGUGUGUGUGUGUGUGUGUGUGUGUAAUUUUCAGACAUUGCUACAGAACAGUGAAGUUGCUGUUGUUAAACUUUUAGUCUGCUUCAGUUGCACCAGGCAAAUGCUCGACUCCUUUGUUAAAUCAAUUCAUAUUAAGUGUCCUUAAAUGUCUUAAAACUGGUCUAAUAUUUCAUACCUUUCAGAUGAAUUAACAAAGCUUAAAUAGCAUUACAGAGAGAGAGAGAGAGAGAGAGAGAGAGAGAGAGAGAGAGAGAGAGAGAGAGAGAGAUUUAACACAUACAUAUAUUUUAAUGUUGACUUUAUACAGUGUAUACUUACAAGGGAAGCUCCCCAUCACACACCCCUCAGAUUUAGUGGCAACAUGGCCCAGUGGAUUGGCAUUCAAAAACUGAUUACAAAUCAAGCACAGAAAGAAUGUGUGUUGAGUUGUGAAAAAAGAAGCAGAAUUUAGUGAGCGGCCCAAAUCUCAAACUGUGCAACACUGAGCGAAUUUGGAGAGCCUCAGCGUUGGGGUUAUAUGGUCAUGGUGCUGGACUGCGAAUGGGGAGAUCCAUGUUUGAAUUUCCAUUAUGCCUCAUUCCUUUAUUCACGAAGUUAUGAACUGUCCAUCUGGUCAUUGACAUGUGUGAUCGCUCUAUUCAGAUUUGUGUCUGUAUCAUGGUGUAACAUCCGAGAUGUAAGGAAGGGACCUCAAGGCAUAUGUACCUCCUAUUUGUUCUACACAAGUUCCACAUAUUAUGACUCUUGUCUUCCAUUUUGGACUCUUGAAUUACUUUGUUGUAAAAUAGUUCACACCCAUUUAUUUGUUGUUUUCAUUUCUGUGAGAAGUUUACAUGGCAUCUCACCUGCUCUCACUGUUCAUCACAUUUACUUGUGAUGAUUAUGUAUUCUUAUCACAUGAAUUAUACUCUAUAACAAAUGUGUAGUAUGACAUUGUUAAAACUACAGGAGGAGAACGGACACAUCAAUGAAUGGACAGACAGUUCAUAAUGUUUUGGAAAAAGGGGGGAGGGGCAGGGGUGGUGGUGGCACGAGGGCAACUCAAACAUGGGAUCUCCUGCUUUGCAGUCCAACACCGUGUUCAUAAAACCCAGACACCACACUUCUGCCAACUAGCUCGAUGUUCCUUCCUGCUUUCAUGCUUUAUCGGUAUUCAGUUUUUGAUGGGCUAUCCAAUGGGCCAUCUUACCACUAAAUCUGAGAGGGGUGCAAUGAAGAGGUUCCCUUAUUAGUAACAUUUAAAGUUUUUUUGAAUGGUCCAUUGUAAUUCACAAAAUCUGAGAAGUGUUGUGAAAGUUUUUAGAAUCCCACAGUAUGAAGCAGCACCUUUUUAAUCAGAAGACUUUUUUCAAAGUAGUUUCAUGCUGGGCUGAGCCCCAUUUUAUAUCACUCCAUUAUCUAUUAACAUCUGCAACAAAUUAAAGGGGUACUUGUUAAGAGUGAUACACUCAAUUGCCAUAGUAAUCUGACAAUAAUGGGAUUAAUACCACAUUCAUGGGCUAUUACAUACUCCACUACAGGUCUUGUUCAACAAUGAAAUGAUCUUCUUGUGGAUAAAGGAGCAUUUUAAAACAUAAAUUCCGCAUUAUUUUGAUUUCAUACUAGUGGAAUCAUUCUCAAAUCCUCUUGCUGUCUUUUCUCAAAAGUAUACUUAAGGUACUGCUCUUCAUUAUAAGCAUUCAUUUUGUAGUGACAUUGCCCCAUAAGUACCCUCUUGCAUGUGGAUCCUUACUUAAAGUCUGUUGUUUUGGUAGAUAGAAACUGUAGCCAUAUUUGACAUUAAUCGCUGCUUUGGAAGUUUGAAAGUAUCUUAGUAAUCAAUGUGUAUCUUUACUCUGUAAACUGUCACAAGUUGUACUACCAGUUUUCACUUAAAAAGAUCAGUUCAAAGCAGUGAAGUGUCCUUAUGCUGUGAUAAGUUUCAACAUAAUCUGUCGACCUGGUGACAGUGGAUGAAUAAUUUACUACUGGUGAUUUCAUACACUCUACUGAAGAAUACUGUGUACAGGAUAUGACAAAAAAGAAAUUAUAUUUAUAUUGCUAAUUUGUAUACUUACCAAAUAUGUUCGGUUAGUGGUUGUUGCCUCAAUGUAUGAGCCAUUUAUAUCCACACAUUCCUGUAUUGAUUCCCUCCACUGUGUAAAACAUUUCUGCACCAUUUUUUGUGUUUUUGCAUAGGAGCUUCACCAAUUUUGCCUUCUGAUAGGGUGCAAGAACAUGUCUGUACCAACAUACUCAUCUUCUGCCAUUGAGUUGAUUGAUAUUAAAGACACUUGUCAGAAUAUAAUGAGACAGUCAGAGACGGCUUUGGAAAGUACAGUAUAGAAAAUAAUCAGUUGUUAAGAGAUCAGGCCAUCAGUAAUUUUGAAAAUAAUGAGAAAAAUGACACAUUGGAUAACACACUGGACUCAGAUUUCUGAGCAUGGCAGUGUAAAUCCCAUUUAAAUUUAAGUUUUCUCUAAACUGGUUAAGUUAAAUGUUAGGAUAUUACAUUUGAAAAAGGCAUGGCCAGUUUCCUUAUUUUGAGCUUCUGCUCUGUUUCUAAUGACUUCACUGUUGGCAGGAUAUUAAACCCUUAUUGUUCUUCCUUCACGUUGAAAAUAGGCACUACAAGCAAUGAAUAGCAAGAUGUGUGCUUGUUAUUUCUGUAUUUAUGUUCUUUCUGUGUGCCCUCUCCUCUUUUUCCAUUUUUACUUUUGCCUGAUAAUUAUGUCUUUACGUUCCUUUCCUGUCCUCUCCCCCUAACUUCUCAUGUCUGUCAUUAUUAGAUGAAUUCCUGUCCUUUUUCUCUUUGUACUCUUCCUCUUCUCAUUCCAAGAAACCUCCUGCUCAUAUUAUCUCCCCUAAGAUUCAUUGUCACUGCCACCAAGUCAAGUGGCAUAAUGGUUAAGAUUUGGACUUAUAUUUGGAGGGAAAGGUUUAGAUGUCAAUCUGGCCACCUGACUUAAUGGUAUACAUCUUUUCCUAAAAUCACUUGAGACAAAUGCUUGGAUAGUGCCACAAACAAGGUGAGCACUAGUUUCCUUCUCGUACUCGUCCAGACUGGAUUUGUGUUCUAUCUCUAAUGACUUUGAUAUAAAUGGGAUGUUAAAUUGUAAUUUUCAAAACAGGAUGUUAAAUUGUAAUUUUCAUUUUUCCCUUAUCACAGUUGGCACCACCUCUCAGGUUAGGCGCACAUAUCUUACACCAGAAAUUUACAUCAAUCAUAGUGUUUUUAGCAUCUUGGCAUGUUUCAAAUUUCAAUAAACAUUCUAAUUUUAUUUUAGAGAAAAUAAAUUAACAGUGGAGCAUUUCCUGUCUUCUGAAAAGGAAUUGCUGGGUGAGAAAAAGCUAACUGACAGUGAAGAAAUUAAGCACUGUUGGCUCAGUGCUCUUCCAAGAAAAUUUUCCAUUCCAGAUUUCAGAACAUUGACUGUCAUAACACAUUAUUGUUGCAGAUGCUUUUCAUUAUAACAGUUCAGUUAAUAAUGCAAGGUGUAGAUAAUUAAGUCACUGAGUGCCAAAGUGCCUGAACCUUCAUAAAUACAGCAAAUGUUAUUACUAACAUCUGGCCUGCCUUAGCAAAUUUCUUAACCAUAUUUACUGGUCACAUAGUAACACUACUACAGCAGAUGAUUUUCUCGUAGAAACUGGAAAUAUUUUGCUGUGUAGAAGGUUCAUUUAACAUCACUCUUGAAUUGAUUAUCAGUUCCUCUGUGCGUAUGUGUAUGCAUGUGUAAUAGAAUAUGUGGGUAGAUUUUAGUUUUAAUUACAGGCAUUGAUUAUUUACCCAGGCAGUACUAAGAACAAAAUCUCAUAAAGUUGUUGGAAACUUUGGUGCAUACUUCUCAUAUGCAUCCGUACAUUCAUAAUUGGAUAGUGUCCUUGAACAUUUUUGCUUUCAUAAAAAAUAUGAGAUUCAACAUAAUUAUGAGAAUUUUGGAUUAUAACAGAAGCAAGGAAUGGAUAUGUACAGACACCUCUCAUAAAACUUUGAUUCUAUAUUCAGUCCUCUAGUAUAAUUCAUAUAAUUGCGUCGAUAAGAACAUCAAAACUAUCUUUGUGAUCAUCCACAUAGCACCAGCUAAUGGGCUACACUAUAGUGGACAAUCACUAUGCGAUACAACUGUUUUUAUUGUUUUCAGCAUGUUCACCACCAUCAUCAUCAUCAUCAUCUGUGUGAACAAUCAUAGAUUUCAUUAAUAUUCAUAUAUGUCACAAUUGUAAAUAAUUUCAUCUUAAAUUACAUACCAGUUAUGAAGCCAUCAUUUUAGAACAGACAUCAAAAUCAUUUUUCAUUAUUUUGUGUUACAUAUCUGCAGUUCUGUCAUUUCAAAUUGUCUCCAGUAAAAUUGUGUAUUUGGUUUAAGUAGAGAGUACUUCUGCAGAACGAAGGAUUGAAAUUGUUAAAAUUGUCUUUCAUCAACAGUAUUUGUCCUUUAGAUGCCUUAUUGAUGCUACGUUUUGGCUGAAAGAUCUUUCUGUGAUUUGUUUCUGUAUUGGUGAAUUUUUUUAUUGGUUGGCAAAACUGACUGAUGAACAUAUGUUGGAUUUUUGCACUAUUAAAAAUUUUUAAUUCAAAAUUUGAACAGAAUUGUCUACUGCAGGUGCUUAAGACAUUCCAUUAAGGUGCCAAAAUCGGUUUAUAAAAGUCUGAAUAAUUUCAGUAUUAUUAAACUUUCUUUUUGUUUAAUGAAAAUUGCUCAACAAUUAAUAAGUUAUAGUAUCACUAUAUAUUUAAGAGCAUUUUUUGUGGUUUAGUCUUUGUAUAAUGUAACUGGACAGCAGUUACUUGUGGUGGGGAAGUUUAUCUUGAUGAAUGAAAGAUUGGUAUGGUCAAAUAUUACUGCCCAGUAGGUAAUGACUUUCAGUGAAGUUUACAGCAGAACAUUUUAAAUGGUAGAUGUAUCAAGCAGUUACUGAGAUUACAGCUUUAUUUACAUACAUUUCAUUUAAUGUUUGUCAGUUUCAUACUCUCAUCAUUUAGUUACUGUAUAACAUACAUUACUCCAAAUCUCAUAAAUAUUUAUUAUAAAAUCUAUUUAGAGUUAAUUUCUGGAUUUAAAAAAUUAAAGCUUAUUUUGUGUGACUGUUGUAAUGUGAGGUUGGAAUUGUAAGUAGGUUGUGCAUGUGGUAUAGUGAGAGUUUUAUAGAAGAUUUACAAAUGCUGAUAAAUGAUUCAGUAACUUGCUCAUUAUCUAACAUGUGUGAAAGUUUAACCCAUGAUACUAUAGGGUUAAUGAGAGUCACAAAUGAAUCGAAGUGGUUGUCAAACAGCUUGUACAGAUAUUAUUUGUAGUAAUAUGUAGGCUUUAUGGCUAUAUUUUUUUUUCUUUUUUGUACACACCACAAUAAAUAAAUGCAGUAUUUUUCUUCUGCACCA